AUGGCUUUCCUACGUAAACUAAAGCAAAUGAUCACGAAGACUAUGGCGCACAGAGACAAGCCAGAUUUCCGCGAGGCGCAGCGAGACUUAUGUUCGAGGUGUAUAUCCGAGCUUAUGAACGGCGAUUCUCUUUAUGCUAUCCUGGGAAACAAACCGCUCUAUGGCUGGGAUUCUGAUUGCUCUAUUUGCUCGGACAUAAUCAAAAACCCGAUUGCAAUACAGUCGUGCGACUCACGAAAUGAAGGUCAUGUCUUCUGCAAGUCCUGUAUCCAGGAGUCUAUGAGAUAUAUCGGAGUAAUGUGCCCGUUCUGUCGGCGAGUAGUAUCAGUAGGAUUACUGCAAGAGGUUGAAUGGCAAUACCUCGUAUGGGAAGAGUUAUGA